AUGGUUCAGAUCAAAACAUAUCAUCUCCCUCCCACAUCGCUCAUCCCGAACUCCCCUCGGCCUCUCCUCUACUAUCCAGGCUUCUUCCCCGUAUCGUCCACGCAAGACACAGCAGCAGCUCAUGUCUAUGAGAUCUUCGCCAAGAAUGGAUGGCAGACACAGUGGAUAUUCCGCUAUGGCUCUACGCAGGCUUCGCAUUAUCACUCGGAUGUGCAUGAAUGCAUGGUAGUGCUUUCGGGGUCCGCCACGAUUCAGUUUGGUGCUGCAGAUCAAGAGGAUAACGCAGAUGACAGUACCAAUACCACCAAUGACGAUAAAGAAGAAGAAGGUAUCAAAUUGCAAGCUCACCCCGGUGAUGUCUUUGUCAUUCCCGCUGGCGUCGCGCACAAGACGUUUAAUACCGACCCUUGCCUGCCAUUCGCGCUAUUGACCCCCGGAGACGGCCAUGACGUUUCAGCUCAGGAUCAAAGACAGGCGAUAGCUGAUGUGCCGCUUUCCGGGUUUACCAUGAUGGGCGCUUAUCCGAAACAAGGAGGGGCGUGGGAUUUUUGCACGGGAGGUCACGUUGAGGAUUACGAAAAGGUUUGGACUGUUGUAAAACCUGACAGGGAUCCUGUUUUGGGUCAAGCUGAAGAGGGAUUAGUUGGGAGGUGGAGUUAA